AUGCUAGCCGUAAACCCACCAGCGAAGGAAGAUACUUGGGCAUUUCAAAAAAUAGGAACAAAGUUCCCUCCAAAUCCUGUUAAGGUUUUGGGACAACAAAAUAUGUAUGUCGCUCUGUGGUACAAGCACGGAAGGCCAAUACACGGAAGAUCUUGGAAUAAUGGUGGCGUCGUCGAGUGUUCGUUUCCUUACAAGAAGGCUGAACUUAGGACGGCCCAACAACUGGAGGGAAACAUUCAGGUGUUGCAGUAUGUGGGCGACCACAAUACUCAAGGAUUCUGGUACGAAUGGAUCAAGUAUAAAGAUCGAUUUGAAAAGACUGAAGACCGUCAAAUGUUAAAAUGUGGAGACUCCUUCCCGAUCUUUUGGAAAGAUCGCAAGCAGGGACCACUUCUCGGAUAUGCGGAUAACACGACGGAAGUCGCUCUAUUCUCCUGCGAUGGAACUGUUUAUGAAAAGAAAGGACCAGAGCUCAACGAUAUGUAUAUAAUCGUAAGAAACGUAAAAGGAGGUCCACCAUUCUGUGAAUGCGAUCACUGCCCGAAACCAGCACCUCCUGCCCCUCCUCCAGGACAACCAGGAACAUGCUCUUGUUCAGGACAUCCUUCAGGAAAAUGUUCGGGAAAACAUGAAGGACCUUGUACAGAAGCUUGUCGUGGACAUGGUUCAGGAACUUGUCCAGUACAUGGUGGCGCUUCAGGACAACCAGUACCAUGCUCUUGUCCAGGACAUGCUCCAGGAACUUGUCCACUACAUGGUGGCGCUUCAAGACAACCAGUACCAUGCUCUUGUCCAGGAUAUGCUCCAGGAACUUGUCCACUACAUGGUGGCGCUUCAGCACCUCUUCCUCCAAAAGUCAUGAUCGACGAAUGGAUAGAUAUACGUGUUGGAGAUCCUUGGCCAGAUAAAAAACUGGUCAAGGCGCUUGACAAAACUCUGGAUAACACAAUUCCCGGAGAAAACCCGGACCAAUACGUUGCACUGUGGUACCAAGCCGGUGAACCAGUUAUGGGACGUGUAUGGAACGAAGGUGGCAAAGUAGCAGCGAACUUCUGCUGGAACAAGAAUGAAUAUAAGGGAGAUGUUGGUUCUAUCCAGCUGCUUGUGCAUCUUUCUGAGUUCGCACGUGGCUUUGACUACAGCUGGAUUCCGUUCAAACAAGCUGUGGUGUUCGAUAAAGACAGAGAGUGGAUUCCAGUGCACGUUAACAAUGACAAAGGCGACAUCUCAUCUGGUGUUAUCACGUUUGACGGGAAACAAAUUCUCGGAAAAGUAGACGUCAAAAAUGAACGAUCAUCAGCAGGAUUCGGCGGCAAAGAAAACAUGCUCGUCGGGCCUGCUUGUGCCAAUAACACUGUGGUUUUGUGCCGAAAAGCAAGACAAGGUUAUAAAUUUGACUAG